GACUGCGGACAGUACAGGAGAUGACCAGAGACUGCGGACACAGUACAGGAGAUGACCAGAGACUGCGGACACAGUACAGGAGAUGACCAGAGACUGCAGACACAGUACAGGAGAUGACCAGAGACUGCGGACACAGUACAGGAGAUGACCAGAGACUGCAGACACAGUACAGGAGAUGACCAGAGACUGCAGACACAGUACAGGAGAUGACCAGAGACUGCGGACACAUUACAGGAGAUGGCCAGAGACUGCGGACACAGUACAGGAGAUGACCAGAGACUGCAGACACAGUACAGGAGAUGACCAGAGACUGCAGACACAGUACAGGGAGAUGACCAGA